AUGUCGUUGAGGCCGAGUGCAAGGACUGAGGUCCGCCGGAACAGGUACAAGGUGGCGGUGGAUGCGGAGGAGGGAAGGCGGAGGAGAGAGGAUAAUAUGGUGGAGAUCCGUAAGAAUCGGAGAGAAGAGAGUCUUCAAAAGAAGAGACGCGAAGGACUUCAGGCACAAGCUAUGCCUGCUGCACUUCACUCUUCUGCUGCGGAGAAGAAGUUGGAACAUCUGCCAUCAAUGGUUGCAGGUGUUUGGUCUGAAGAUGGUAAUCUGCAAUUGGAAGCAACCACGCAGUUCAGGAAAUUACUUUCAAUUGAGCGCAGCCCUCCUAUUGAGGAAGUUAUACAAGCUGGCGUUGUUCCUCGAUUUGUUCAGUUUCUUAUGAGGGAGGACUUCCCACAACUUCAGUUUGAAGCAGCUUGGGCGCUCACAAACAUUGCUUCUGGGACAUCUGAGAACACCAAGGUGGUCAUUGAUCAUGGUGCUGUUCCUAUAUUUGUACAACUUCUUGGUUCUCCAAGUGAUGAUGUUCGUGAGCAGGCUGUGUGGGCAUUGGGAAAUGUUGCUGGAGAUUCUCCUAGAUGCCGUGAUCUUGUCCUUGGUCAUGGAGCUUUGCUUCCUUUACUGGCACAAUUAAACGAGAAUGCCAAACUUUCCAUGCUCAGAAAUGCUACAUGGACGCUCUCAAACUUUUGUCGAGGCAAGCCACAACCUCCUUUUGACCAGGUUAAGCCUGCACUUCCAGCUCUUGCACGCCUUAUUCAUUCGAACGAUGAAGAAGUCUUAACUGAUGCAUGUUGGGCACUCUCAUAUCUUUCUGAUGGCACAAAUGACAAAAUUCAAGCUGUUAUUGAAGCAGGAGUAUGUCCACGGCUAGUUGAGCUUUUGCUGCACCCUUCUCCUUCAGUUCUGAUUCCUGCUCUUCGCACUGUUGGAAAUAUUGUCACUGGGGAUGAUAUGCAGACACAGUGUAUUAUCAAUCAUCAAGCACUGCCGUGCCUUUUGAACUUGUUGACCAACAAUUAUAAGAAGAGCAUCAAGAAGGAAGCUUGUUGGACCAUCUCUAAUAUAACAGCUGGUAACAAGGAGCAGAUCCAGGCUGUAAUUGAAGCUAAUAUUAUCGGUCCACUUGUUCAUUUACUUCAAAAUGCUGAGUUUGACAUCAAGAAAGAGGCUGCAUGGGCAAUUUCGAAUGCUACAUCUGGUGGUACCCAUGAACAAAUCAAGUACCUUGUCAGCCAGGGUUGCAUCAAGCCCUUGUGUGACCUUCUCAUUUGCCCAGAUCCAAGGAUUGUAACAGUCUGUUUAGAGGGCCUUGAAAACAUCUUAAAGGUAGGAGAAGCCGACAAGAAUGUGGGUGAUACUGGAGGUGUAAAUCUCUAUGCUCAGAUGAUUGAUGAUGCUGAAGGAUUGGAGAAAAUUGAGAAUCUACAGUCUCAUGACAACACGGAGAUAUAUGAGAAGGCAGUGAAGAUUCUCGAGACAUAUUGGUUGGAAGAGGAGGAUGAGACAAUGCCACCAGGAGAUGCUUCCCAAUCUGCAUUCCAAUUCGGGGGCGAGGCUCCUGCUGUUCCCUCUGGCGGAUUCAACUUCAGUUAA